CCAACUUGAUACCUACCAACGCUGCCCCGCGCCUUCUGACCUUUCGAUCUCUCCCUGGCUUAAAGGCUGCUUUCGCUAGGUAGAAUGGCCUCCACCCCUUUGCGCAGCUUCAACUCCUUGUGAUCGGCCACACCACUGCUCCCACCUAGGUAUGGACGCCUCGGAGUCUCUUUCCGCGGCCCACUGCGUCCUGCUCGCGACGCGCUAUGCCGCUGAGUCCAACAUUGAUGCGCUUCGAUCCCUGACGCUCGAGAGGCCCGAUGCCUUCGAUCCCAAGCUCAUCCUGCGAAUCAUCCUCUCCUUCCUCCCCGAGAGCACCGAGCCGUCGAUCUAUGCCACCUAUGCCCAAGAGGUCGCGACACGCCUAUACCUUGAGCAGCGCGCAAAAGUCCCUGUCGAUCCUACCCCAGUAAAAGACCUUUCCAACGCGCAGGCAGACAAACGGGUGCGCAAGCUGGAGUUACUUCCUUUGGCGCACUCCUCGUGUCCUGAGAAAGAUGCCGAUCUGGAUAUUCUUACUCUUUUUCUUAUCCACCGGGCAUAUCGCAUAGAUGCCGAAACAGGAUUGCUGGCCCUCAUUCCUCCUCUCGUCGACCCUUUCCUUGACGAACACGAGUACCUGCGCACGUGGUUCGUCUCUACCGUCCUCCCCCUCCUUCGCCUGGACUUCGAAUACUACCCUCAAUGCGGAGCGACAACAUCCCUAGAAAAGUUCGGAAACAUACACGGUGCAAAGGGGGUGGAAUUGUUACUUGAGAAGGCAAAAUCAUCGCAAAACAGUGUGUCUCAGGAGGAGUCUGACUCUGGAGAGAGCGCAUUAGCAAGGGAUAUGAAAGGUGUCGUCGGGCCGUGGAUGUAUGGAUAUGGGCAAAGAAAACGGCGCAAUUAUCACGAUUCUCGUCGAAGCUCGGCAGAUGCCCUAACGCACGACCAAAACUCGAAGCCUGGAGAUUUGAAAGACCGCCAUGAUUGGGAAUACGUCCUCUCGUGGAUGGUCCACAGCGCCUCGGACCACUUCGAUCUCAUCAGCAAUGCCAUUGAACACUGGGAUGGGCCCAACGACGUCGACCUUGGUGGUUACGCGAAUGUCAAUAAAGUCUAUGGAGAGGAGCUGCAAGACCACUUGAGGCUCCGCUAUUGCCAGGCUGCCUUUGGUUCCGUGUACGCAGUAAACGAGCAUACCCGAGCCACUAUAGAAGCCGCGCAUGGUGUGCUGGUACGCUUAGCACAGAUCAUGGACUUUGACCCACCACCGGACCUGGCGAGCAGCCUUGACAUGCUGCCAAAAAUUGAGGACCACGCGAACCUCCUUGAGGAUUCCGAUACUGCGGUUCUGCAGCCGGAUGUCCUAAUGAAAGAAAAUAAUGCCCUCACGAUUCCAAAGCUCGAAACAUUUGCCCUGCUUCAAAUAUUUGUCUACUCGGCAUAUCUGUUGGCAGAUCUUGGCUACCCUAUUUCUCUAAACGGGGUAGCUAAAUUCCGAUUCCAUGCAGAGGAGAGUGACCAACUGAAAGUUGCUCAAAAGAUCUUGCACGGGAUUGCCAACGGGCCACAAAAGAAUGAUAAAAACAAGUGGGAAGCGACCAGAGACAAAUUGCUCUGGCUUUGGCACUGGGGUAUGGAUGCUGCUGAUGAGCACGCUUUGUUUGGUUCUGGAAUCUUUGGAAAGAUUGAUCGGCAAGUGUUCGAGAGAGAAAUCAUCAACGCUUUCUUGACCUCUUUCCAAUUUCAGUUGAUCCAAGAAGUAUACCUCCCAAAGUCAGGACAGCGAGAUCACCUCGAUGCGGAAGACGUCGAAGAGGUUGUUCACAAGCAUGUCAUGGAACACUACGACAAUGCCACAAACGGAAACGUCACUAGGGGUAGAAUGCAGAAGGCCAUGGACAUUAUGACCGAGUUCCAGCCUUACUUUUCACAUUCUCCCGAGUUCCUUCGUACGGAAGCUCUGCUUGCUGCUACCCAUUCCUUGUCAUUUUAUUCGUUGACGCUGCAACACGGUGUUCCAUUCAAGCCCGUUAACAUCAGGAUCAGUGACGACCCCAUUGGCCUUAUCGGCAAAGUCCUUGAUCAGAACUUAAGGAGUUAUACAAAAUUGGACGACUUGAUCAACAUUGCCCAGAAUCUCGUGUCUGCGAGAAUCCUGGAGAGAUGUGGCCCGGUUUUUGACCAGUCCGAUGCCGAUCAAGAAGAGCAAAUGAAAAUGGCCCAGCGUCGCGUUAUCGGUAUGGCUGUUGAGGCAGCACUUGCAGAAGAUGACUUUGAAACCGCGUACUCGUUCGUCAUCAAUCGACUCAACCCCUCAUUCGACUCAGUUAUUCCCAAGGAGGAAUCAGAACGUCUAGGAAAGGGUGGUCCAGCUACGGCAACGACCCUUAUUCAGAGAAAGAAGGCGGAUGACGUCUCGUGGAGGGCUGCAUAUCUAGCUGGACGCCACCGCAGUCCCAACACAUCACUAACAUCUUCAUACAACGCGGCCAAUGUUCAGGGCUCUCCAGCAUUGCGCCGACUGGAUCAGCGCAUGGAACUACUCUCACAAGCUCUCUUGCUUGCACCGCCGUCUGCACUGCCAGAGGUUCUCACCGCCUGGCGAAGGUGUGAAGAAGAAAUGACAGCGCUGUUAGCGCAGGAAACAGAAGCAGAGGAGCGUUUCAACGACCAAGCUGAUCGCAGGGUUCCCGGUGCCUUCUCAAACCAGGCCAUCACAAUUCAGCCGCGAAGAGAAGUUGGCCGUGGAGCGGCGGAGGAAGCACCUAUGGGCCUCUUUGACGUGGCACGUGGUGCGGCUGCUGCCUUUAGCAGAACUGCAUUCCCUCUACGUGGUUCAUCUGGUGAGAACGAGAGCGCCAGGGUCUCUCAAGAACACACCAGAACCUUUUCGAUGGCCGGCAGCGAGACGGGAAGUGUUGGUGCUGCUGGAAGUGGCGAAGACGGUGACCGCGUUAGGAAGAGAGAUAUGGUUGCCAACGCUGUCACGGGUGGGUUGGCGUCUGGUAUUGGUUGGGUGCUGGGCGCUCAGCCAACGAACCAGCAACGGGAGGAGAAGUAACCUAUAUUUUCAAUGAAACAAAUCAAUCACGACUCUUAAUUCCUUUUUUCACUGACCAAUUGUGUAUGAUGUGUUGAAGUCACCAGAAUCAAGUCUCCUAUUCUUUGAUAGAAUCAUUUGUAUCCUACUUCCCACACAAGUUUAAGAGUAUUGUCUUGGCGUGAACAAAAAGCUACCG